AUGCAGCUCAGCAGUCAAGAGCAGAUCAAUUACUGUAUUCUGCGAGACAGUAUAGCAGACCCUGUCAUAGCAAGAUCAAUUGGGUUGGAAAAUAAAAGCCGGAAAAAGGGCAGCAAGAAGAAACACUCUCCAGCUUUGGAUAGUCCGACAGAAUCGAAUGAUGAUGCUGCAGACUUAGCAGACUUCAUUGAUUAUCUUGCCACCGAAGUGUUUGCUGCCCUUCCACUCGAACUCCGAGACAUAUCCUAUGCCACUAUCAACAAUGAUAGCAUACUGGCCUCACAAUAUGAUGUCCCGCUGCUCCCUGAAACGUUCGCCUACCUGAUCACUGUCAUUCCCUCCUCAGUGGUCGAUUCGCUUGUAGCAUACUCCUUUUUGCCAUCCUCGGAUGAUAUACCGAACUUUCUCCUCCCACUGCUAGAGGAAUACAUCAGCGGGGCUGUGAAAGCUCCACAUCCAAACGAUCCUGCUAAGCGAGCAACAGCUUGCGAGAUCUGCGAGCGUGACUGGAUACCCCUCACGUACCACCACUUGAUCCCUCGUCAAGUGCAAGCAAAAGCCAUCAAACGAGGCUGGCACGAAGAGUGGCGCUUGGAAAGCGUAGCAUGGCUGUGUAGGGCAUGUCAUAGCUUCGUCCACAGACUAGCGACCAAUGAGGAGUUGGCAAAGCAGUGGUGGAGCAUCGAGAAGCUGAUGGACCGGGAGGACAUCCAAACUUGGGCAAAAUGGGUUGGAAGGGUGAGAUGGAAAUCAAAAUGA